UGCUGUGGAUUUGUGUUUAUUUCCGGGGACUGGAGCCGUCCGUGGUGCCAGAGGCUCAGAUGAGCGGGAGGCCAGCGGGAGACAGAGGGACUGACUCCGCCUGACUGCGGGAACAACAUGGCUCUGCUCCAGCAUCCCCGGCCGCUGCUGGCCCGCGCCGUGCUGCUGCUGCUGCUGCUGCUGUUCAUCCUCAAGCGCGUCGACUCGCGCUCGUCGCCGAUAUCAGACCUGAAAUCCAGAAUAUCCGGCGUGGAGGAGCUCUUGGAGGAAUUCCGCAAGCAGCUCCAGCAGGAUCAGGUGUACAGGACGGGCGACGUGCUCGACUCCUGCGUGGGCGACUACAGCCCCGCCAGAGAGAGCAUCAUCCGGGCCAGGGUGUCCAUCGAGCAGGGCGCCACCUUCCUGCUGGCCCCGGAGCCGGUGUUCACCUGGAAGGACUGCCUGCACGCCUGCUGCUCGCAGCCCCACUGCACCGUGGCGGUGGUGCAGGAGAACCCGCGGCAGCCGGAGGACAGCCUCCGCUGCUACCUCUUCAACUGCACGUACCGGAGCAGGAGCGUGUGCUCGUUCGCCCCGCAGCAGGGAUUCACCACUUACACCCGCUCCGCCAACAGCAGCAGCAGCAGCAGCCGCGGACACAUCCCCGCUGCAUCCGGCGGCUCCGCCCGGAGGCCCGGCCCGGAGGAGGACGCGCAAGAGGAGGACGAGCCGCCACGCAGCGACGCCGGACAGGACGUGGUGAUCCAGCUGCCCACAGACUGGGCUGUACUGGACGGACGGGACAGCGUGGACGACCAUGGCAUCAACCACUACGAGUGGACACUUGUGAAGGGUGACACGGCCAUCAAUAUGAAGUCGACCCACCCAGGGUUGCUGAAGGUCAGCGGCCUGCAGGAAGGCGUCUACACCUUCCAGAUGACGGUCACUGACUCCUCUGGACAGAAGAGCUCGGACAACGUCUCUAUCACCGUGCUGGCACCGAAACACCAGCCAGAAGUGUGUACCGGCCACUGCUCCAACUACCAGUUCAAGUGUGAUGACGGCUGCUGCAUUGAUAUCACCUACUCCUGCGACGGGAAGCAGCACUGUCCAGACCGCUCUGACGAAGCCUUCUGCACCAACUUUGACAGCAACCGGAAGUCGGUGACCCACCCGGGGGCUUUACUCACCCCUCAGCAACCUGCAGCCCAGAGAGAGGAGACCGAGGAGGGCUCCUUGCUCUCGACCGGACGCAGGAAAUCCACCCUAACCCCGCAGGACAGGAACGUACCGGCUCCCUCUCAGAUUUCUACUGAACAGGAGGCCUCGACCAGUCAGGCUCCGUGUGCUGCAGCUCCAGUGGUUGGACCCUGCAAAGGCACCUUCCCACGCUGGUAUUAUGACCAAAAUGCUGGGCAGUGCAAACACUUUCUGUAUGGUGGUUGCCAGGGAAACCAUAACAACUUCCUCCAGGAAGCAGACUGUGUCAGCGAGUGCAUCCAGAAAAGUCCGGCUUUCAGACCUGCAAGUGUCUCGCCUCCAGUCACCAAGCAAACUGAAAUAGCUGCUCCUAAAAACUCCCAGAGCCAAGCAGUGAGUGAGACCAUCGUCUCCAAGCCGUUCAAAGCAGUGGCAGGACACCCGGGCCCGGAGUCAGGUGCCAUCCUUCCUCUGGCGCUCGGCAUCAUCAUCACCGCCCUGCUGCUGCUCAUGAUCGGCUGCCGUCUCAGACUGGUCCGCCACAAACUGAAGAAAGCCCGGCCGCUCACCACGGAGGAGUCAGAUUACCUCAUCAACGGCAUGUACCUGUAGCCAGGCGGCGAGAAUCGGCUCCGAGAAAACAGGCGGGGGCGCCGGCGCAGAGCCGGAUCCAGGACGCUUCUGAAUUUGCACUCUUUCCCUUCGCAGCAGUUUCUCUUCACUUUGUCAGGUUGGGAGCGUCCAAAGCUCUGCAGUCACGGGCGAAGCAGUAAAUCUGCUGCUGACAGACUCUGCCUUCACAGUCAGCAACACAUAAUCAGACGCUUGAAUCCAUAUUUAUAUUGUCCUCACAGAAAAUCUUGUUGUUUAUGGAUGAAAUAUCAAGUUUCCACGAUUGCUACUGAUAAAUAUGGCAAAA